CAAAUUAAUUUAAUUUUCCAUUACGUAAUCAAAGUACACAAAUUUCAAGACACAGACAAGUUUUUCCAAAAAUAUUAAGACAAAAGGAAUCGAAGUCUUCCAAAUUUCAGUCUUCGUCUUCCCCAAGUUUCCUCUCUGCAACUCCAAAUUAAUGGAAAAACCCCUCAUCUCUCCGUCGGCCACUCCGCUUCACUCCUCCACCUCCGUUUCAAGUUUUCCAAUCAUCGCCGUUGCCGUCAUCGGAAUCUGCGCCACUGCGUUCUUACUCGUCGGCUAUUACAUCUUCGUCAUCAAAUGCUGCCUCAACUGGCAACGAAUUGAAAUCCUCCGCCGGUUUUCCCUUUCCCGCCGCCGUGAAGAGACAUUAAUACUCCGGCAGCCAGCGGAUCCACGUGGGUUAGACCCAUCAACGAUUCAAUCAAUCCCAUUGAUUAAUUACAAGAAACCCAUUAAGGAAACAGCCAGUGGUGGCGAAUGCGCCGUUUGCCUGACGGAGUUUCGGCCGGAGGAGCAAUUGAGAAAGAUUCCGAUUUGUAGCCAUCUCUUUCAUAUUGAUUGCAUUGACAUUUGGCUUCAGAAUAAUCCCAAUUGCCCACUUUGUAGAACCUCAAUCUCCGCCCAAAAUUGGCUGAUUCCGGUCGAUCAAGCCCCUUCCCCUCGAGAUUUGGCUCUCAAUUCCGGCAGCUCCGUCGAUGCCACCACCGCCGAUGAGAAUUUCGUUGUGAUUGAACUUGGUCGGAAUCCCGACCGCCGCCGUCCUCCACCGUUUGGAAAGGUUACGAGUAUGGGGGAUGAGUGUAUUGACAUGAGGGAGAAGGAUAAGGAGUUUUUAGUGCAGCCCAUUAGGAGGUCGUUUUCGAUGGAUUCUUCCGGCGACCGGCAGCUGUACAUGGCGGUGCAGGCGGCGGUGCGGCAGAGCGGCGGCGGUGAGAGUAGGGUUGAGGCAGAGGGUUGCAGUAACAGAGUACGAAGAUCUUUCUUUUCUUUUGGAAGUGGCAGAGGAUCUAGAAAUGGAGUUUUGCCCAUUCAGCUUCAACCUUAAAAGCCUCUGUUUUUUUCUUCUUCUUUUUUGUCCAUUUUUUCAUCAUUGUAAUUUGUAAUUUGGUGAUGUAGAUUACACCAUAUUUUGUUCAUAUUUCUAUAAUUUGGAGUUUUUGAGUGAAAAUUUUGGUGCUUUAA